GACGAAGAAGAAGAACGUAAACAGGAAGCUACAAAAGGCGAACAGCUCUUUCAGUUGUUGUCGGUCAAUUCUGUCAUUUUUACCUAAAUAAUCUUUCAGAUCACAACCAAAACUCAAAAUGGGGAAGCGACAGCACCAGAAAGACAAAAUGUACAUCACAUGUACAGAGUACACACACUUUUAUGGAGGGAAGCGAGCAGAAAUCCCACAGGCAAACUUCAGACGGCUCCCGUUUGACCACUGCAGCUUGUCCCUUCAGCCGUUUGAGUAUCCUGUGUGUACUGAGGAGGGAGUCGUCUUUGAUCUGCUGAGCAUUGUCCCAUGGAUCAAGAAGUACGGCACAAAUCCGAUCUCUGGAGAGAAACUGGAAGCCAAGUCCCUCAUCAAACUUAACUUUGCCAAGAACAACGAUGGAAAGUAUCACUGCCCCGUUCUGUACAACGUCUUCACAAAUAAUUCUCACUUCGUUGCCAACAAGGUCACUGGCAACGUGUUCUCUUAUGAGGCUGUUGAGCAACUCAACAUUAAGACCAAAAGUUUCAAAGAUCUGCUGACCGACGAACCCUUCACCAGACAGGACAUUAUAACACUUCAGGACCCCACAAACUUGGAUAAAUUCAAUGUGUCCAACUUCUUCCAUGUGAAGAACAACAUGAAGGUGUUGGAUCCAGACGAGGAAAAGGCCAAGCUGGACCCGGCGUACCACCUGAAGACCACCAAUCUGGAGACCAGGGAGACUUUAGCUGAGCUGUACAAAGACUACAAGGGGGAUCAGCUCCUGGCUUCCACCAUGAAGGAACCCGAGGCCAAGAAGACGGACAAAUUAAACGCUGCCCACUACUCCACAGGCAGAGUUUCCGCCUCCUUCACAUCCACAGCCAUGACUCCUGCAACAACACACGAAGCAGGCAAGUGAACAUCUCACACAAAAAAACCCUCUGCAGAUUCCCAGCAGACAGAGACAUUCACCUCGUCUUUCUUUAGUCGCU